UGUGCGGAGUAGAGAUUUGAAAACUGAGAGAGGGGCUAACGUUAGGUCUGAACUUGUAAAUCAGAUAACUACAGAUAAGUUACUCUGAUUAUCCUUAAUUACGGUUUUAUAUUUAUAAUGGAGGAGCGGCGCGGUGCGGCCGGCCAGGGGCUCCGGGAUACACACGUUUUUGAGCAGUUCAAGAGAAACGAUGAAGUGUUCAGGAACACAAUGGAGGCGAUUUUUCAGAAGUAUUUAAACUUGGAUGAGCCAGGACCUGAUGUCUGCUUUAAAACGAUGACCUUCAGCACCAGCAAAGGUGUAGUGCCCCUCCAGAGUGCAGAAGCAGAACGGGAGCUACAACAUUUGAGGAAUCAUGCUGAGCAGUCUGUAUUGGUGUUGGAUUACUCUAAGGAUGACCAAAUGGAUGUAACACAGAGCACUGAGAAUGACAUUGACUCUUCCCUUGAAACUGAAAACGGCGAUGUCAGCAUGUGGCAUGGUACUGAAUCAUCUCAGCUGUCUGUAAACUCAGUAAGUGGGUCUCGAAGCUGCUUAUGGGAUCUCUCUCAGCCUGAGGAAGAGGAUGAGGAUCUGGAGAGAACACUGAACAGCCACAACAAAACCCUGCUCGACAUUUAUCCCAGCAUGCUUAACCAGAUCGGAGAGGUGUACAGACGGCAGCAUGUGACCAAAGCAGCCAGUGCUGUGUUGCGCCGGUAUCGGCGCCAGCGCUGGCAUUCUUCACAAGCACAGAGUCGCAACCAUGUUCUUAGCAAGAGCUUUAAGCACACAGCAAAUAGGACAAUGGAGAGUUCAGUUUUUGUCCAGAAACUACCCCACAAUGACAUAACCAGCUAUCAUGAAGAUGAGUCUAGCUCUAGUUGGGAAGCUCUAGUUGGCAGAAGCAGUCUGAAGCCUUCACCCAUGAAGAUAAACAAAAACUCAUUCCUUGCCUCUAGCAGAAGCAAUCAGGAGCUUUCACCAUUGAUGACUAAGAGAACUUUAUCCCUUGCCUCUAUCAGAAGCAGUCCGGAAAUGUCAUCAUUGAGAGCCAUGCGAGAUUUAUCCACUGCUUCCACUAGCAAACAUCUGGAGCUUUCCCCAUUGACAACUAAGAGAAAUGUAUCCCUUGCCACCAUUAGAAGCAGUCGGGAGCUUUCCCCAUUGAAGGCCAUCCGAAAUGCGUCUCUUGCCACCAGCAGCAGCAGUCAGGAGCUUUCACCGUUGAAGGCCAUUCGAAAUGCAUCUCUUGCCACCAGAUACAGUCAGGAACUUUCCCCAUUAAAGGCAAUCCGAAAUGCAUCUUUUGCCACCAGAUGCAGCAGUCAGGAGCUUUCACCGUUGAAGGCCAUUCGAAAUGCAUCUCUUGCCACCAGCAGCAGUCGGGAACUUUCCCCAUUAAAGGCAAUCCGAAAUGCAUCUUUUACCAGCAGCAGCAGCAGUCGGGAGCUUUCCCCAUUGAAGGGCAUCCGAAAUGCAUCUUUUACCAGCAGCAGCAGCAGUCGGGAGCUUUCCCCAUUGAAGGGCAUCCGAAAUGCAUCUUUUGCCACCAGCAGCAGCAGUCAGGAGCUUUCACCGUUGAAGGCCAUCCAAAAUGCUUCUCUUCCUUCCACCACCAGCAAUCAAGAGUUUUCGCCAGUAAAGACCAUCCAUAACUCGCCCUUUGUUUCCAGUGCUUGUUUUUAUUCACCUAGAAGAGCUGAUGGUGAGAACAGUCCUGCUUGCGAAAGUCGAUCCCAAUGGAAAAGUUCAGGUUUGCAUUUGAAUAGACAGCAACAGCAUCAACCUGUUCGGGUCUUGGACCUUUCAACACCUCCAUCUUCUGCAUACGACACUCAGCUUGAUUGGAUGCCAGAUUCUAGUGGUUUUCUUCCCUCUGCCGUUUUGAGCCACAGACGUUCUAUGCCCAAUUCACCACUGAAAGUAGGAACAAGUGUCUCGUUAACAGGCCAAGGAGGCAGACCACUCAUACCUUCGUCAUCUCAUCACUGUGCCUCACAGUUAGGGCAACAGUUUUCUGGUGCCUUUGUGGAGAGGGAGUGCUUCCGCGACCAUGAAUAUUCUUCAAUCCCGUCCCCAAGAAAAACUCUUACUGUUUAUCCAUCUUUUGAUGGUAGAAGUCCUCUUAAACGAAGAGUGUUUAGUCUAGAACAGGAACAGCCAACAUCAUCCAUGUACUAUUCUGAACAAACUGUACCUGUGAAUCACACCGCCACCUUACAGACAUACAAACCUCCUUACAGAAGUCAGCAAGAAGUGUCGUCUUCGCCCUACCAUUCUCCUCGUGUGCUUUCUGACCGCCAAGAGAACCAUGCUAUGUCGGAGGUCCUCCAACACAGCACCAAACUAACAAAACUUUAUCGAUCCUUCUCUGACAACCAGUCCACAUCAUCUUUUGUAUCCAACAUGUGUAGCAGGCAGAUUGAUGGACAGUUUAGGAGCCUCUACCACUAUUUCAUCUGUCGAGGCAAUUCCCCCUCGUGCCGAACCUCUUCUUGUCACCUAUGUGAGAGGCAGUCUCAAACGGGGGAUCAAAAACCUUCUUCUAUUUUGUCCAACGUGUCUGCCUUGGCUCUAACACCUGUUGGGAGUCAGAUGAGGAAGCGACGCAGGCAGCCUGAAGUAGAGGAAUCCACAAGAAUCAAGCGCUUUCGUGAGAGUUGUUCCCCAAAGCAGCAGCAGCAGCAAUUUACCAAAUAUACAAGUCCAGCAGUGGCCAAUCCUACUGAGGAAAAGCGCAUCUGGAACAGGGCACUUCUGCUUCAGUGUCCCAGCCCUGGAUUUCUGAGAGCCAGCGGAAGCACCAGAAAAAGCUCAAAGUCCCAAACAAGCUUGCAGAAUCAUUCAUACUCCCCAUCUUGGAGGGACACGUCUAGUUUUGUUCAUGCAGCUGAAGCAACAUCACCUGUGAGAGCAUGCAAUCAAAGUGGAGUUUCACUUUCACCAAGUGUGUCAAGAAGACGACUAAUUUAUGGGCCUCUCCAAUGAGCUCUCCACAGUCUGCUUUAACAGAUCCAUUCAUGCAUCCCCCAGUUUACUAAUACCAAGUGUCUCUGAAAGCAUGUUCGUUCUACAAAUAAUAAAUAAUGAUGGAACUAAUUAUAUACAUAUAGUGAAUUGUUUUAGGGCAGCAAAUAGAUUUUCUUGUUAAUGCAUGUUAUAGUUUAAACCAUUAUCUGGAUUUUAAGCAAAAAACAAGCCUGUUUGACAAAAGCAGUGGACCUUCAUCCUGUUUGUGGUGUGUAAUUCUCCAGUUCUAUUGAUUAUACACAUCAGUUAUGCAUUUCCUGAGUUGUAUAAUGAGUCGUUCAGUAUUUUGACUUAGGUAAGAGUUUAAGAUGCACUGUUUGUCAAGCUAAAAAAAAUAUAUAUACAUAUUCUUAUGGUAUAUUCAAUAAAGAAAUCUUUUCAGUAUCUUGGAGAACUUCAAAAGUCCAAAGUGAUAAGUCUCAUAGUAACGUUCCUUAGUUAUUCUCUUGUAAAACAUUGGUUCCAUGGCUUUAAUGUUCUAGAAUUGUAAGUAAAUUGAAUAACACUUUAACAAAUGUAUUUAUCUACACCUGCAGUAUAGAAGACACCAGACAUGUGGUCUUAGAUCUGUCUAGGUGAGAUCUGCUUGACUGUAAAUAAUAAUGCAAAAUGUUUACAUGUAUGUUGAAAUGUGAAAUUUUAAUAAAUGGUUUUGCUUGUUUCA